AAUGCAUAUGAGGAGCAGUGAUAUGAAGAAACCGUCUUGAAGUUCAUGUGGAAGAUAUGUUGGCUUGUAGGAAAUCUUCCAGAACAAAUUGCAACCGUUGUCUUCCCCUGAAGUAGCUGUACAAGAUGAACAGGCUGUGAUAAUACUCCUAACUAUUUGACUUGAAAGGACAUGUUUUCGGGUUGCUCAGCAUGGUGUGGGGACCAGUUUCCGUGAAAGGAUGCUGCACAUGAAAACUGUUUAAAAUUUUCAUAUGAUAACAGAAAAAACAGAACUGCUUUGCAGGCUAUUGAGGUGUGAUAUUCAUAAAGGGAAGACAUUCAGGUUUUCAUGGGCAGUGUCUGACUGAGGAGAAGCCAUUACUGGUCAGGCCACAGAAGCUCAAGGCUCUCCAAUGUCCCCCAGCAGGUGAUGGGCAUUCCAGUACGACCAAGACCUGUCCAGGGCAGCGCUGUGCAGCGCCAGAGCAGCUAGUGUGGCUGUGGUGGAGUGUGGCUCCAUGGAGGGCAGCGGCACAGUGGAGGAGGAGGAGAGUGGGGCCGGGUCUGGAGCCCCACCACUCACCCUGUCCUCCCCCUGCAGCUUCAGCUCUUCUCUGUGCUUCAGCUCUGCCACCUCUGAGCAGGGGGCCCCAUCACCGUCCUCUACUGGCAGCCAUGUGGUGGAAAGCCAGUGGGAGCUCAACAGUGUGGCCUCUGAGUCGGAGGAGGAGGAGGCGAGUGCACGAGAGCCACCAGCUGGCGCACAGCCUACAGGGCGGCCAGCUGAGGAGCCCGACCUUGUGAUUGAGGUAUCAGGGCAGCGCAUCCGGGCACACAAGUCGGUGCUGGCAGCCAAGAGCGACUACUUCCGAGCCCGUGCCUCGCGAGAUAUCCUGCGGGUGAAGGGGGUGAGCUACGGGGCGCUGAGGCUCCUCAUUGACUAUGUCUACACAGCCCGCAUGGGCGAGGUGCGGCACGACAACCUGGCCGAGGUGGUGAGCGGUGCCCGUGUCCUCCAGAUGCCCUGCGCCUUGCACUGUGCUGCCGAGGCCAUGCGCGCCCAGCUGCGCCUUGACAACUGCUACCAGCUCCUCUGCCUGGCCAAGAAGCAACGACUGGCAGAGCUGCGGGAGGCCGCCUACCGCUUCAUGAGUGACCACUAUCUGGAGGUGCUGCGUGAGCCAGGCGUCUAUGGCCGUCUCAGUGGGGCAGAGAGGGACCUUAUUCUGCAGCGGCGCCUGGAGGCUGGACGACGCUGCCUAUUGGUGGCUGAAGUCAGUGAUGCUUUCGAGCGGCCUGGUGGUGGCAGCCGACCACAGAGCCGUGAGAGCAGCCGCCCCCAGAGCCCCUCUUCUGUGAUGUCUUUGGAGGAGAGUGGCUCCCUCAUCCAUUGCUACCAUGAGGCCAGCCGUGAGUGGAGGGUGCUGACACGUCUGCCUGAGGAGGCCAAUGCCAAGGGCUGCGCCAUGUGUGUCCUCCACAACUACCUCUUCCUGGCAGGGGGCAUUGCUGCAGGGCCAGUGGGCAGCGAGCCACGGGCUCGCCUCUCUGACAAAGUCUUCUGCUACAACCCCCUCACUGACACAUGGAGCCAGGUACGCCCACUGGCUCAGCCUCGCUCACAGCUCAAGCUGCUGGCUCUGGAUGGUUAUCUCUACGCUGUUGGGGGCGAGUGCCUCUUCACCGUGGAGAAGUAUGACCCACGGGCUGAUCGCUGGAGCCCCGUUGCACCCCUACCCAAGGGAGCCUUUGCCGUUGCUCAUGAGGCCACCACUUGCAAUGGGGAGAUCUAUGUUUCAGGGGGAUCUCUCUUCUACCGACUGCUCAAGUAUGACCCCAAGCGUGAUGAGUGGCAGGAGUGUCCUUACAACAGCAGCCGUCGACGCUCUGCUGACAUGGUGGCCUUCAAGAACUUCAUCUAUCGCUUUGACGUGAGCAGCGGCCGUGGUGGAGAGCAGGGGCCAGGUGGUGGGACUGGUGCUGGUGUUGAAGUUUUCCGAUACAACACAGUGGCCAAGCGCUGGAGCCAGUGUGCCAGCUUGCGGCCCAGCAGUGGCCCCAUCCAGCCCUUCCGUUGUGCUGCCUUGGGUAACACCAUCUACUGUGUCAACCGGACUGGCACUCUCCGCUUCAUAUUAGCCCAGGAUGGCGAGGUGGAAGCAGAUGGUGGGCUCAAGGGUACCUUUGAUGGUGAACUUCUCAAAGCUCCAUUUGAUGCUAAGGGCCUCCUCCUACCCUUUGUGCUCACUCUUCCAGAGAAGCUGGAGAAAGCAGGGGACCAAGAGGGUUCCCUCUCGCUGUAAGUGGCCAGCCUCACUCUGGCGUGCUGGUCAGAGGGCUGGGUUGCAACUUUUAGGGAACACGCAAAUUCACUCCCACAGAAGGGACCCUCUCCAGCAUGUUUGCAGAGAGAAGGGGCUCCCUCCUUCCCUCUCCCAAGGUUUUGGUCUGGAAGUGCUUGGUUGUCACCUGGGUAACUCCUACUGUGUUGCCUUGCUUUGUGUGAAAAGACGAGCAAACCAGAGGAGAAGCUGCUAUAAAAGGAUAAUCUCUGGAUUAUGUUUGUGUCAGUUCCUGACACUUUUUUGCACCUGGAGUUCUAAAAAUUCCUGACAACAGUGUCAUAACAAAAUGUUCCGAUUAGUUUUGGUUGUGUGUAUGCAUGUAGUUGUGAUCUGGGCUGGAGCCUCUUCUGCCACCUGUUUUCUUUUCUCUCCUGGAUGAUUCCAGAGGAUAAGCACUGCUGGCAACAUCGCUUAACUGUAUUUGUUCUUGUGUCAAAUCGACUGUUUCCUCUGCUAGAAAAGUAUAAGAAGAUCAUCUCAAUCACAGCAUCUCAGUGCAAUAGAUGGUUUUAGGAAGACAUGGCACUGUGUGGUCCCAGGAAUUUCAACCAUGAUGAUGUAACAGAUACCAGACGUAAAGCUUUAAGCAACACAAAUGUGUGCCGCAUGUUCAUAUUUGGAAUACACAAAAAAAAAAGGAAGUUAGUUGUUUAAAAUGCGGUGUGUCAUGGCAGAUAUGAAAUGUUGAUAUGUUCUUUAUUUGAAAAAGGCAAGAUUUCUGUAUAAAAAGACACUGUUUUAUUACUUUUUUUAUCAGAGAUUUUAAAUUAUAACAAAAAUGGACUUUAGCUGUUUGGACUGUGGCAGAUUUACAUGACCAUGUAGACCACUAGAGCUGUGGGAAAUAUUUUGUACUUCAACUACUCUUUAAUUAACUGCAGGUCGAGGAAAAUUAAUCUAAACCAAAUGUAAAUUCUUCAAAACUGUCUGCAGACAGCUUAAAUGUUUCUUUGUAUGUUCAGUACCCUGUGGCAAGAGGCUUUUCCAACUUAAUGCAAGACCAUCAAAGGAGGACAUGGUAAACAGGAAUGUGUUACACAUGUUGAUUUUAUUGUGCACUAGCAUGAUGUUAUUUCCCUAUCUUUGGAUUGAGAGACUGCUUUAUUUAUUUUGAUUGAUUGCUGUAAUCAAUAAGCCCUUGUCAACUGCAGUACAUGCUGAUGGCCUAUGCUGUCAUUGGGAUUCCGAACCACUCAGGUGCUGUUUGUGGAGCAGCGUCCUAACGAGACACAACCCCAGAGAAAUUCUUCUUGCCUGUGCAAAGGCAGAGCAUACUUUUUUUUGUCAUUUUACUCGGAACUGGAAAAGCAUAAACUGUCUACAUAGACAAACUAUACUGAAAAGGGCGCUUGCAUUUAUUUUAAAAACUUUAUAUAUAUAUAUAAAAAGUCAGUAGACAGACAAGGCAAAUGUUUUAGCUUUACUGUAAACCACUGACACCUUUUCUGAAAAAUAGAACCAGUGUUUUUACUAUUAGUGAUUCAGCCUGGAAGUGGCAUGGACUAUGGAAGGGAAUUGUUUAUAUUCAAAGUUCUAGUAUAGAUUCAUAUUUUAGAAAUAAAUAGGGACCUUACAUCAAAGAGCAGCAGAUCUUUUUAUGUUUUAUUAAGAUGUUUCCAUUAGCAGAACAUUAGCAUUCUUAUGUUAUGGCUAGUUCCAAAGGGAGGCAGCAGGUUCUGUCCUAAGAGACACCAUCUUCACAGAAGAUGGUAGUGAAGUUUAUAGAUAUUUCUUUCUUUUCCUUCCCAGUUUUUUUUAAUUCCUGUUGUUUUUAUUUUUUUUUUUCUCCUUCACUAUCUGUCCUGCAUUUUAAUACAGCUGAUCUGAUUUGCCAUCUUUAGAGAACAGUUGUUUUGUUCUGACAGUUCUUAGCCACGUGAGCCCAUUUCCAGUGAGCUCAUUAAAGCAUCUCCCAGGUGGGAGCUGCACUCUGAUGCUUAUCAGCCUCACUGCAGGACGGUGCAGUGGAAUUUAGUGCCACAGAUGGUGUAUUUGUUCGUGAUUAACAAAGAAACUGUUUGAUUUUUUUUUUUUUUUUGAAAGAUGAUCUUAAUUCUUUGACGAGAAUGCCUGGAAAUAUUGACUCAAUUAAAUUACAGUGUUGUAGCUUGAGCGGGAAAGAAAAUGAUGUAUUUGCCUUCAGCAUCAUUUUCUAUUUUAACUGUAGAAGGUAUUUAAAGCUGUGUAGUGAAAUACUUAGGUGGAUAAACUGAAGACGUAAGUGCUAGGCAGGUUUUGAAUUAGCAGUCACCACAAAUGCCCAAGUGUCAGUUCUAUCUUACAGUACCGUGCAGUUUCGUAGUUCAAAAUAUUUAGUAGUACAGUUUUUAUGUUACAGCAUAGUAGGGAAUCGAGCCAGCUUUGUCACUCCUAUUAAUUGGUCAUUAAUUAAGCAUUCUCAUUCCUGUUAAUGCACGAAAAUGCUGCUGAACAAGUUUUGAGAAGUCUCCCUGAUUUGAGAUGCAAAAAAUAUGUCGCAGACUUUGAGGAAGGAAUGAAACACAUUCUUUCUUCCAGAACUUGUUGCUAUAUACUAUGAAUAAAUAGAUUUGGAAGUAAUCUUUACAGCAUUAUGUGUUUGCCAAACGUGCUGUGGUUUGUAUUUUUGCUAGCUUACAUCAUUAGCAGAGAUUGUUUCAAGUGCCUUCCCACUCCACUGUCACACAGUGAGAGCAGAGUCUGGUCUCCAUUAGCAGCUGUCCAUCAUGCCUGUUUCCUUCCUACACUCUGCGUAAUCACAGCCUGAUGACUGACUGCAGUGCUGUGUUUCAGCCCACGUUUCCUACUCUGUGGCCUCUCUUUCCUCCCUGCUAAGCCUGAGGCAGAUUUGCUGGAAGUUGUUUUUUUCUGCAGCUUGCGUCUUUACUAUAUUGAAAAAAAUUAAUGCUUGGGUACUAAAAGCAGGAUUUAAAUAGACUUCAGGAGUGGAAGACCAGAUGAUGUGAUACCCAGGAGCCACUGUUGUAAUAUGUUUGUAUGGUCCAAACCAAAGUGCCAUGCUACCCUCACACUGUUUGUAUAUGUAUAGCUUUUAAAGCAGUCAUUUAUAUAAUUGCCUGAAGGCUUCUGCAUUUACAUGGAACAUGGACACGAUGUUUGCUUUCUUAGCCUGCAAUGAUUUAACCCAAAUCCCUGGAGGACUGGAGGACUUGGAGCUAAUCCCUGCUCUCUAAAUAUUUGAAUUACAGUAUAAUACAAUGUUUUGUGUUAUGCACUAGAUGGCUAAAAAUCUCAGAAAUUAUCCUGAUAAAUGAAUUCAAACCGCCAUCCUCACUGAGUGGUCUGAGACAAGCUGGAGAGCCAUUUUCUUUCUCCAUGAAUCUCACAGUCUUCUCUCCCACCUUUACCAGGGCAUGCAGGAAAUAUUUUUUCUGUGUCCUCUUUCCUAGGGUACUCCUGUUUUCCAGGUCAUCUUCCAGAAGACAUAGGCUUGAAUUCUCCUGAGCAGAGGAAGGAGGGAACUCAGACCUCCCACAUCACAUGUGUGUAUUCUGAAAUCUGGAUAUUCGUAGAAGAAUAUCGAUACCACAUCCUGUAGCUUCUUUCAGGAACGAAUCUCAUGCAAAACUUUCAAAAGCACAUACAGGCUCCAGUUCCUGGAUGGGUAAUUCACGAUAUGUUUAGUACGAGUUGGUACAAUGGGACAAAUUUUCUGGAGAAAGGUUUUUCAGAUAGGCUCUGAAUUUUGGAUCUCCAGGCUGGGGUGAGGGGCUCCAUGUACUGUACCAGGAGACUGCAGAGGUAUUUUAGGUCCCACUCAGGGGCAACGCCUUGUUUAAGAGGCAUGCACGGCAUGGAAAUGCCAGGAGCCUUCAUUGCAUCUAAAUGAAAUCCCUGCAUGAAUAAAGAAACAGACCACCUCAGCAAAUGCUAAUAACAGACAGAAAUUUACUAUUUCCACUAACUGGUUCUGUAAAAAGAAUUUAAUUACAGCAAAGCCUUUGGUACAAAUUCUGUUUAUUCUUGGAAAAUAAGUCAAAGGAAUAAUUAGCAAAAGAAUAAUCCUAUUUGUGAAAACAGGCACUGCUAAGCAACAUGGGAAGGAUGCUAAUCGUACCCUACUAAUGAAUAAAAUUAUGCAGCAGCUGAUGUAAAUUCUGUCCACAAAAACAAAUCCUUUGCAAACAAGUACAUGGUUAAAUUUUAAGAAUGAAUUAUGCACAUGAAAGCUGUAACUCUCCUGUGCUGUUUGAAUGGCUCUCAGAGUACUGUAUCCCAAUGUUCACUAUUCAUGAGUGGCCUGUUGCUUUUCUUGCUUUAUGGUAUCCGUUCCAUUGACUGCUCUGUAGAUGGGCUGCCCUUCAUUACCACAAAGCUUAACAUUGGCAUGGGGAUGAUUUGCUUUGUGUCUGAAAUGACGUGUAGUGCUUUCUCCUUGAAUGAAUCCAAAGGAUUUAGAAUUAUCUUUCUUUGGGCUUUUUAUUUUUUUAGUGGUGUUGCUUUUAGGAAACUUAAGAGGGCACAGGAAGGGAAAUGGUAGUACAGUGGAGGAGCUGUGGUAACAAGCAUUUAAUGAUUUUCUGUCUGCCAUUUUUCUACACAUCAGAUGCACAUUGGACUGAAAAGGACGGCUCUGUGUAGCUAUUAACAGUGUGAUCCCAAGUGCUGCUGUGGCAAAGUAUGUUUUCAUUUAACUAUAUUCACUGGCUCAGCUCUUACUCUGUGAUCAUUUAAUGAAGAUUAGUAGUAAGUCCAUAAUAAAGUAGAUUACUGGAACUAUUCUGAAUUGACAUUACAGCUACUAAAAGCAGAGAUUGACACCCACAUUCAGUAAAACCGUGCACUCAGAAUAUGUAAUAAUGCACUUUUUAUUUGUUUUGGCUUAAUUAAUGGUACUGUAAGAAGUGCUGGAAUGAGCCCAUCUGAAUUAGGAAGCAGAAGGCUAUUUUAGAGGCUCUCUAAGCUUCAUAAAUUACUCAGCGAGAGAAAAUGGGAGAGUGAAGAAGGGGGAGAGGAGGAAGAAGGAGAACUAGGAAAGAAAAAUACCUAGCACGUAUUCAGUAGAAACAAGUAGCAGAGAAGGAAACCAGAGUUAGUAUUGAGACUGUGAUGACUAUGUGACCAAUUUUCUUUCAAGUAUUUUUUAGAUAGCUUGAGUUUUUUUAUCUAUUAUGUUGUCGGUCUUGUCGUUCUGCACCUGCAAUUCAUCGCAAACAACCACAGUGUUCAGUAAUCUGCUUUUUGUAGGAGCUUUGUGCUUUGCUUUUAAGUUUUGGUGGAUAAAUCUUUGACAAAUCUGAAACCAUAAAGUAACCAUGUUGAUGCUGCCACUUAAAACAGGUUAAGUCAUGCAAAUGCUUUAGACACUGUUCACAAUUCAGGUGAAUUACAUGUGAUGUAUUAACAGUUCAUUUUCAAAGUGUAUAUAGGUAAGGUCACUGUAAAGCUUUUUAUGUAUUCCAACUUAUGCUGUAAUGAAAUAAAUACAUACAAAAGGCUUAU